AUGAAGCGACAUUGUCCGGAAAACUUCGAAACCACGAUCAAUCGCUGGUAUCUCGAUACCCGGCCUUAUGUCCCUCAACCGCACAACCCCAGAUCACUCCAUACGCUCCCACUCCUGUCCACGCUCCAACGUGCGGACCAAGAAGCAGUCACCCGCUUCAUUCGGCCCGCAGAUCGCUUCAUGUCUCUCGCCAGCGCUUUGCUGAAGUACACAUUCAUUCACCGACGGGCGAAAAUCCCUUGGAGUAAGGUGCAGAUAUCCCGGACACCGGCUCCUCAUCGACGGCCGUACUGGGAACCCCCAGAGGGCUGGUCUACCACCGACAUCUACGACGAGAGUGAUCCUAUCUAUGGGGAGCCAUGCCAAAUAAGAGGUCUCGAGUUCAACGUCUCCCAUCAAGCAGGCUUGGUCACCAUCAUCGGCUGCUCGACACCCACAGCGCAACUUCCUGCGUCCAUCAUGCCGAAUCAAGGGCCUCCCUCACCGGCCGUGCUCGACUCUCUGGCCCAAAUAGAUCUUAACACCCACCCAACGUGCACGGCCUUUGAGGACUGCAACAUAAUCCGCCUUGGAGUCGACAUAGCAUGCACAAAUGAAGACAAACGAACCCCGAAGGACCUGACCACGCGGGCGAGAUUUGACGAGUGGAUUGAAAUCUUUGCCGAAAUGUUCUCCGACAGGGAGAGACGACAUAUGCGCGAAAUGCCGGUUCACAUGCCCGUCAAAGAACGCGAGGAAGGCGAAUGGAGUGAUUCAAACUCCUCCGCGGCUUCUUCACCACGGGACAGCAAGGGUGACAGCAGCAUCUUCAGGGAACAUGAAGCCAAGAUGGUUAGCCUGAAGCUGCGGCGCUUUUACGCCUACUGGGGUCUGAAAGAAGCGUACAUCAAGAUGGUCGGCGAGGGUCUCCUGGCCAGCUGGCUGAGGGAAUUGGAAUUCCUGGACGUACAUGCUCCGCCGCCUCCACCGCCGCAGCAACGAGAACCCCGAGCCUCGAGCGUACCACCAGACCACCGUCCCGGUCGAAAUAGCAGUGGCAUUACCAAAGCUAGCCUCGAGAAUCAGACAAGUCCAGUGCCCGCCUCGGCGGAUAUAUUCGCGCAGCGGAGCGAGCCAUCGGUCCUUGAUAUCGGUGGGGACUCUAGCAUACGCCCAACAGCCAACGGGGCAAAUGGCAUACAUACAAAAGAGAACGUCGCCGGCACAGUCCCACCAAUUGAGAUCAACACCACGACGACCACCACCACAGCGCAUCGCAGGACAUCCUCCAUCCCCGCCACGGACAUGUAUGCACAGCACCGCCCCUCCAUCUCAUCCCUGACUCCCACGGACACGGCCGCCCAUGACCCGAGAAAGAUCUCCUUCCCUGCAACCGCAAGCAAUACGACCAAUUCCAACGGCACAGCGCACGUCCGGCCGCACGAGUAUCUCUCCCCAUUCCCGGACUCGCCUUCGACGCCUUCGUUGCUGGAAUCGCCUCGGUUUUCUGGCCCGGCAGAGGACCACCACCAUCCCGAACCGACCGAGACCGCGAAAUGGACACCGCCCGACAAAGCGGAACGCGGGAUGACGACGCUGUUCAAGGGCCGGAGGGUCGAGGACGUCGAGAUUGAACUGGUGGCGUAUGAUCAGGACUUUAUGAUCGCGACGGCCAUGCGGGGCGUCAAGGAGCGCGAGAUCCCAGGUGGCAGUAUCGGCCAGGGCAGCGGAUGGUGGUUGCGAUUGGAUUUCGAGGAGGAUAUUAGACCCUGUGCCGAGGGGUGGUGUACGUGUUUGCAACUGUAA